AUCCUCAACCUCUUCUAUCCUGCUGAGCUCCGCCCCCACAUGUACUGGUCACAUGAUUGUGACAUCAUCACAGGUCCUACACCGCCCCCAUCUAAUCGAUACAGAUCAGGUCCUGGUCGCAGCUAAUCCAGUUGUCUCCUCUUCCCCUUAAUGAUGGACAAGGACAGGAAUGAGACGACUAAGAGAAUAUUACACUUGACCUUGGAGAUCCUCCACCUGCUGACCGGAGAGGAUUACACCAUAGUGAAGAAGACAUGGGGGGAGUGUGUGGCCCCCAGCAGCCAUCUCCAUGAGUCAGGAGGACGGAACAGGGCCCGGGGCCCCAUCACGGAGCCUCCACCUCACUCACCGAUACAUGAGGAGAAGAUCCUAGAACUCAUCCACAGGCUCACUGAGCUGCUCACUGGAGAGGUUCCUAUAAGGUGUCAGGAUGUGGCGGUCUAUUUCUCCAUGGAGGAGUGGGAGUAUGUAGAAGGACACAAGGAUCUGUACCAGGACAUAGUCAUGAUGGAGGAUCACCGGCCCCUCACAUCACACGAAGAUGGAGAGAUCAUGGAGCGCUCCUCAGGACAAGAUAGAGAGAUCAUGGAGCGCUCCUCAGGACUAGAUGGAGAGAUCAUGGAGCGCUCCUCAGGACUAGAUGGAGAGAUCAUGGAGCGCUCCUCAGGACUAGAUGGAGAGAUCAGGGAGCGCUCCUCAGGACAAGAUGGAGAGAUCAUGGAGCUCUCCUCAGGACUAGAUGGAGAGAUCAUGGAGCGUAAACUAACCUUCCAUCAGAGAAUUCACAGGGAUGAGAAGCUGUCUUGA